AUGGUUUACGGUAACCGUCCAUCGAAGUCCGUUAUUGAUAGUUAUUUUUUACCCUAUCAUCCAAUAUUGGCCAUUCAGAAUGGAAAAUAUAAUCAAAAUAUAAGUAAAAUAAUUGGUGCUAAUAAAUAUGAAGGAUCAUAUUGUCCAAUAUUCCCUGAAAUGAACUCUACAUUAGCUGUAUCAAUAAUAACUGAUAUUUUAGGACAAAACCGAGCACCUACAGUUAUUAAUUAUUAUCAAUUCAACAACUGUUCAUCAAAUAUAAAUGCCACAAAUCGUUGUUGUGAUAUGACUCGAUCACCUAUAGAUGCCAUUAUUGGUUGUAGUAUUCGUCGUAUAUACAAUAAUAUAUAUUUGAAAUAUAAUCAAGAACAGCACAAAUUAUUUUGGUAUAAUAUGGAUUGUAAUCCAGAAAUAUGUCCUAAAUUAUCUAAAGAAGAAGGUGCUGGCCUAUGCCUUCAUGUAUCAGAACUUCCAUUAGUAUUUGGAACUGAAAGUGACUAUCGCUCAAUGAAUCCAGUUAACUGUACAUGGGAUAAUCACACACGAACAUAUUCAAAUCAAAUUAUUUCACACUGGAUUAGUAUGGCUUCAAAAGGAGAACCAUUAAACCAAUGGCCAAAAUAUGAUCCAUCAGAACAGAAAUACUUACAAUUUACACCUUUCCAGGAAUUUUCCGUUGAAACAUGGAAUAAUGAUUGCUUGAUAUUUGAUCAAAUUGAACAAGAUGAUCUAUCUGAAAUGUUUGGUAACAGUAGCCCAUAUGAAUAUGGGAAUAGAUUAAGUUUUGCACGCUUCGUCAUACUGUUUUUAAUAUUUUAUUAUUAUGACUUUUAA